GUCGCUACAUUAACACAUUCGAUAAAAAUUCUUUACUCAUUUUUCAUGUGGCAUAUCUUCACUAGCACUAGAAAUUCAAUUCACAAUCACGAACAGCAGACCAACUAAUUUCUUAUAGCGGAUUAUAGUUUGUGAGGUUUGUGUCUUUUUUUAACUUGUUUCAGUCCGAUAUGAGUACAGGCGGAAACACAUUCUGCGGGAGAAGAUGACCCCACGUCGUCGUGUCUUGGCAGGAAUUCGCCGAACUAUAUUUGCCGCUGGUAUCUUGACGCUUGUCAUCCUAGCGCUGUCGGGUCAGGAUGCUACUAAUACUUUACAACAGGCAAAUUCAUUGGAGGAUGAAAAUCUAACACCGGAAGAGAAAAUAUUAGAACAAAUCGCGUUAGCAGAAACAGAGCAACGUUUAAUAGCUAGGCGGAAAUUCCUAGCGGAGAAAUGCGCCGAGGAAGGACUCGAUCGUCCUGGUAACGAUUCGCUUCACAGGCCAAAUGCCUGGGAGUUUCUUGUAAAUAAAGAAUAUCACCUUAUAUGGUGCAAUGUAUUCAAAGCGGCUUCCACGUCGUGGAUGUACAACUUUAAUUUACUUGCGGGAUAUAGUCCGCAAUUCUUAAAAGCCUCAAAGGCUGUGCCGGUCUCAUUGGCCAGACAGAGAUAUCCUAGGUAUACAGCCGAGGAAUUAGCUAAAUUCCUGAACGACAGUAUCAGUUUCCUCAUAGUGCGGCAUCCAUUUGAAAGAUUACUUAGUGCCUACCGGGACAAAUUGGAACAUAGUCUACCACACACGUUUCACAGCAAUCUUGGCGCACACAUAGUUUGGCAUUACAGAGCAAGGGAUCCGAAGACGAAUACCAGACAAGGACCGAGAUAUCCAAUCUUCGAGGAAUUCGUACGAUGGCUAUUGUGCCAAUGGAAAGCAGGAAAUGAUCUCGAUAUGCAUUGGACACCUGUAGUUAAUUUUUGCACACCCUGUCAAGUGCGAUUUGAUGUAAUAGCGAAGUUCGAGACAUUGCACGAUGACCAAGACUAUGUGAUAAAACAAGCGCACGUAGGACACGUCAUCAAACCUGAAUGGAAAAACCCAACUAGAGGAGUCCAGACGAAAGAUGUUAUAAAAAAUUAUUUUACGCAAUUAUCUAAGACACAGAUAAAUGAUCUUUACGAGAUGUUCAGUUUCGAGAACAAAAAAUCAUAUGGUGCCAAAUUUAGUGAAUAUGGGGAAUGAUUAAGGACAAGGACCGAUUUGGAAGCGAGAAAUUUACGCACGGCGAUGAACUUGUAAGCCAGAGCAUUGUCAUGCAGAAGCCACCAGCUGUUUUAUAUUCGGUAUUGAGAAUGAACCCGACCAAUUUUCGCUAACAAACGCUUCAUAAUACCCAAGUAAUAAAUAAAAAGCAAGUCACAAAUCUUGUCUACGGUUUCGACCGUUCAAUUAAUCGAUGGCCUCUUGCUGCACUCGUUAUCUUCCAACGAUUCUUUACCGAAACUUCACGAAUUACUCGUAAAUUGAUAUACGGGAUAGUGCUUUGUCCCUAUAAGCUUCGCAUAACAUUGCUAAUGUUAUGUUUCUGUGAACUUUUUGUUCAAUUUGACACAAAAUUUGAUAUUUGUUUUUUUGCUCCAUCGUGACUUCUCGACAAAUAUCACAAAAGUUAUGUCGGUUAUGUGAUAAAACAACCGUUAAAGGGAUCUCAAUUCAAUUUACAGAAUUUGUGAACAAAAUUUUAAUAAAGAUAGUGCAAAAAAGAUAGCGCCACUAAUAUCGUCCGUACGAAGAAAGUUUGGAAAAUUGUGGGAGAGACCGUAUAUAUCUUAAACAAGAAGUAAUACAAUUAAUCAAAAUAUGUCUAAAUUAUCGACGUUUUAUCAUUAAUGGUAGCUUGUUUAUGUCGGCACCGAAAAAGUCUGGAGAGCGAGUGGCAAUGAAAUCGCUAGAGGCGUUCUCUAUAACUUGUUGAAAAUUGAAUAUUUUUUCUUGCAAGAAGUAGUCUAAUGUUGGAAGAAGUGGUAGUCAAUUGGUGCAAGGUGUGAUGAAUACAAUGAAUGACAGAGAGUUUCCAAGUUCAGUUCCUGUAGUUUGAACAGUGUUGUUUAUACGACAUGUGGUCGAAUGUUGUUUUGUAAGAAGAUUGGCCUGUUUCUAUUGUCCAGUCUCGGCAUUUAAUCACAAGUUUCUUCAUCAUUUCGUCCAAUUGAUUACAGCAGACUUCUCCUGUAAUUGAUUGACAGGUUUCAUGAAAUUGUAGUGGAUAAUACCAACGUUGGAUCAACAUCAUUAGGUUUUUGGUGAACAUUCUAUUUCGGCACUUCAUUUUUAUCCAACCAUUAUGCCGAACGCUUGCGAUUAUUGAAAAGAAUUUUUCCAUUACACGUAACAAAUGUGAUGUAGAAAUGGUUCGCCUUUAUACCAUGACAGCACAGAAAG